GAGGAAGAACGGAAGAAGGGACCCUACUGCUGUGUAUUGCUCCUUGAGGGACCCUGGUGCGAGUGUCCCUCCGUUCCUACCCCACCGAGGGCAGCGGCGGUCGCAGAUGGGGCGGGAACUGAGCCUGGUGAGGCAGGCAGAAGUGUCCAAACCUAACGAAAUACCUCAGGAGAUGCAGUGGAAAGCAAAACGCCAAAUAUAUGCGGGAUUGUUGUGGCAGUUGCCCGCUAAAGGGUGCCUGUGUAGGGGCAUGCAAUUUCCUCCUUAAGGGUUGCCACUCACAUUUGAACAUUGAUGUGCAUUCCAAGUCAGUUUUGUACUUGGAGUAAAGUUAAAUCUUAACUAUAAAGCAGAGCCAGAAUUGCUUUCACCCUUGUAAGUGGUGCCACACAGAAUGAUGGAGUUCAGAAGUGUACUCCAAGAUGGUUCUGGGGUUCCUUGAAGUGAGCUCUGAGUUAUCUGGCCCAUACAAACACUUUCUUCUAAUAGUGGGGAAAAGAGCUACAUUGACCAGGCUUUUACCUCACUCCUCUGGUCACAUCCUCGAUCUGAGAGUUAUCCAAACAUACUGGUUACUCACUUUUUCACUUAGGACUUAUGAGUGAUGCAAAGUAUUGAGAUGAAUAAAUAUUCUUUGGAAGGUAUUUAUAGCUUGAUUAAGUAAGAGUUUGCCAAUGUUAUAAGCAAAAAAAGUUGUUUAAUUUGUGUCUGUUCUUUUUUUCCUGUAGGCAAAAGGAGUAUUAGAAAAGUAUUUGGGUUCAUUGCUGACUCAAUGAAGAAAUCAUAUAAGCCUAAGAUGUUAUUAGGAAUCCUUAGUGUGUUAGACCUUUAAGACAUAGAUACAUAGACAUGAAGAAUGACAUAGAUAUGAAGAAUGAAUUGAACUGAGUAGCCAGAGCUAUUAGAUCUUCCCUUUAAGGGAAAUUUAAAGGGAAAUGAGAGAAUUCUACUGGAACAUUUUAGACUUAAACUAGAAAAAAAAUUAAAUGGUUGCCAUAGUACAAAAGCGUACUUUAAGAAGUUUGAAUGGGGUUUACAGCACCACCUCCCUUGCAGUUACUUGCCUGAAGUCCCCUCACGUGGAUACUUGAAUGUUGGAAUACCUGCUUCUCUGCCGUGAAAAAGGCUCUUGAGUCUCUGAAUGCCAGAAAGGCUCGUCUUUCCUUUGUAUAUCUGGGUGGGGGGCGGGACACUCCUUACUGUGCAGUUUUUAGAUCUGUGUGGCUGAUCGUAUGUGGGCACCUGAGAGAUCUGUCUCAUUCAUGCUUCAUUCACGCGGGAUGUAGGACUGUUGCCCUCAUGCUCAACGGCUAUUCCACAGUCCCCUGCUAGCUCCACACCCUCCACACCUUUCAGCUUUAUUGAGAAUCAGAGCAGGGGUUUGUUAGACCAGGGAACAGAGGAGUUUAACAGGUGGGGUGUAGCUCUCCUCCCGGGCUCAGCCCUGCGCUCCUUGCUCUUUUCCUUUACUCAGGCCAAACUUUCACUCAGAGGUCAAGUGAAGUCAAGAAGAAGUCCAAAGAAGUUUUUGUCUGGGAUUUAAGGAGGAGGCUCCAUAGCAGUAAAGUUAGAAAUCUGAAACAAUGGGUGACUGGAGCUUUCUGGGGAGACUAUUAGAGAAUGCGCAGGAGCACUCCACGGUUAUUGGCAAGGUUUGGCUGACAGUACUGUUUAUCUUCAGGAUACUGGUGCUGGGGGCUGCUGCUGAGGAGGUCUGGGGAGACGAGCAGUCAGACUUUACAUGCAACACUCAGCAACCUGGUUGCGAAAAUGUUUGCUAUGACAAAGCCUUCCCCAUUUCUCACAUCCGCUUCUGGGUCCUGCAGAUCAUUUUUGUCUCCACUCCAACCCUCAUUUACCUGGGCCAUGUCCUGCACAUUGUACGCAUGGAGGAGAAGAGGAAAGAGAAAGAAGAGCUGAAAAAGAAGGGAAGUGGCAAAGAUGGCAACUACGCAGUAGCAGCAGCAGCAUCUGGCAGUGGUGGCGGAGGAGGCAACAAUAACAUCAAGGAUCCUAUUAGCAAAAGGGGGAAGGAGAAGCUCCCAAUCCGUGAUGAACGUGGUAGAAUCCGUAUGGGGGGUGCCUUGCUCCGUACCUAUGUCUUCAACAUCGUAUUCAAGACACUGUUCGAGGUGGGCUUCAUUGUGGGCCAGUACUUCCUAUAUGGCUUUGAGCUAAAACCAGUCUACCAGUGCAGCCGCUCACCUUGUCCACACACUGUCGACUGCUUCAUCUCAAGGCCCACUGAGAAGACCAUCUUCAUAAUCUUCAUGUUGGUGGUGGCCUCAGUCUCCCUGCUGCUGAACAUGCUUGAGAUAUAUCACUUGGGGUGGAAGAAGCUUAAGCAGGGCAUGACAAGCCAGUACAUCCUUGAGAUGCCCGUUGCAACAAUGACACCAGUUAUGGUAACAGGGGAGUCCAAACCUGUUUCCCUGCCACCACCAGCACCACCUGUGGUGGUAACAACUGCCACACCACCCCCUGUUCUGCCUGACACCCGCGCUGUCACACCACUGCUGGCCCCAGUCACCAUGGCAUCAUACUAUGCUACAGCUGCUCCGAGACCACGGCCCCCCUCCAACACAACCUCCAUGGCAAGCUACCCUGUUGCUCCACCAGUUCCUGAGGAGAGACACCGUGCUGUGACUCCCACGCCCAUCUCUACUCCUGUCACCAUCCCAACCCCCAUUCCCACACCCACCCCAGCCGUCAUCAGCUACUUCAACAGCAGCAGCCGUGCCCUGACAUCCGAGCAGAACUGGGUCAACAUGGCAGCGGAGCAGCAGGGGAAGGUUUCCUCCAGCUCAGCGGGCUCCUCUACCCCGAGCAGUGUCCGGCAUCACCUUCCCGAGCAGGAAGAGCCACUGGAGCAGCUACUCCCACCCCCGGCUGUGCUGCCCAUUGCUGCAGCCAACAGCGGCAGCAGCACCAGCCUGAGCGGGGCGAGCGGCAGCAAGUGGGAUGUGGAGGGCGAGGAGGAGCUGUCAGGGGCACGGCCCGUGUCGGCCGCCUGCACCACUGUGGAGAUGCACGAGCCACCGCUGCUCGUAGACACGCGGCGCCUGAGCAGGGCCAGUGAAGCUCGGGGGGAGAAAUGUAAGUCUAUUGCAACCCCUAAGAGAAGUCUGAGAGAGCAGCCUCUGCAUCCAAGCAGUACUGGUCUAAGAAAGCAAAGCUACAACUCACAGGUUGCGCUUUUAAGAUCAGCUUAAGUUUCAUCACAUAACUAUGCAGCGUCAAGCCUCUUCAUUACCUACAGUUUCAUUUGGAGUCCAGUAACUGUUUCUUCAUUUAAGCCCAGGUAACUGUUUUGACAGAACUCCUCCUUAGUGCUUACAACUGCUUUUAGUUGCUGCGUCACAUCUGGGUUCAGAUUUGUUGAAAGAAAAAUCUUAUUGGUGUGGCCAAUUUUGAGCACUCUAAUCUUUGCUCAUGAAUUAUAACUGCAUUCAAUGUCCUAUGAGUCAAGUAUAACUAUGGAGAAUUCCUCAGUUCUAGAAAGUAUGUACAAACACUCACUAACUUGCAGAAUAGACUGUUGGUAAAAACUAUCUGAUAAUUUCCAAGUCAUUUACUCUUUUACAUCAAUUAAUUACAGAGUCUCAUGGGAACUGGUAGAAACUGAUAUUUUGAUUUAGCCCGGUCAUACGGCUGUUCAAUCCACAAUCCUGAAAGACCUUAGAUGCACAGCUAAGAUGAAACCUUUAGGUAAGUUAUUGCAAAAGCAGAAGUCAGAACAGAAUCAUGCCUGAUAUUAAGCAAACUGAAAAAAACUCCACUCAUUUUUGCUCUUUGAGUAGAAUAAUUGUGGGGACGCUUAUUCUCUCUCUUACUUGAAGUUAAAAAAUAUACUGAGGUGAAGUAUGGAAAAGAAAACUGAAAGAAAAUACUCUUUGAACAAGUUACCAGGUGUAGUAUAUUUGUCAUUCAUCAAGGCACUCAAAGCUAAUAAAUGUCUGACAUUUUGCAGCUCUUGAGAUUAUUUUCUGAUAUGAAUACAUAAGUGUAGGAUCAGCAAAAUAAUUAAAGCAAGCUUUUAAAACCAGAUCAGUACUUAGGUCCUUUUUUGGUUAGUCAUGGGACCACCUCCUCAGCUGCUACAAACUGUUGUAUUCCACUGAGUUCACGUGGGUAACAGCAGUCUGCAGAAGCAGAGCAUUGAGCCCCCAGGUCUUUUUGUUUAAUACAGACACUAACACCAUGGAUUUGAACAGGCUGGGUUUUUUUCUUUAAUUCCAGAUGUUUUACUUUGAUUUUUCUUGUGAAAAGUGUGCUCUUGUAAUUUUGAUUUUCUGAAGUUUACAUUCAGUUUUUGAUUUCAGAUUGCACAUUUGGAUGAAAUAAACUGCUUUCUAAGUUUACAUUUGUAUAAUAAGUAAACCAAUGACUCUGCCAAUGUGUUAAACUUAAGAGAGAAAUGUCUUACUAUAACACAGGAACUCUUUAGGCAUAAGGCAGUACCAUGAAAGACAGUUUAACCUGAUCACUGAUCUAUAGUAUCAGCUUUCUCUAUAUAUUUGAAAUAUGGGAGUUGGAUAUAUAGGGAGCAAACUAUGGAAAAAGAUACUUUUCAUCAUGAACUCAAUUAUUACCAAAUAAACUAAGGUUCAUUAUUGUUCAUAUGCCUUCCUGUGUGUUUAGAGGUUCGAUGACAAAAACUAGCUGAGACAUAGGUCCUUUAAGAGCUAAAUUUACAGCCUGGCUUAAAAUUCCAAACAAAAUACUUGAGGAUAAACACUGCACUGUUACACUGCAGAAGAUUUUACAAAAAAUAAAUGUUUUACUUUCUAUGCAAAAAUAUGGUUCUGAACCUGCAAAUACAAUUUCAUGCAAGUUAUUUUAACUUCUGCAAAUAAGACCACUAAAGGUAAUGGGACUAUUUGCAUAAGCAAAAAAAAUACUGAUGUGAAAAAGAAAUUGUAGAUUUGCAUUUUAAGUUUGCUGUAGAUACCAAUGUAGUUCUAGAAGUUUCAGUUCUUGAAGAGUUAUGUGAGCAUAUUUUAAGGUGGAGAAUAUACUGCUAACCUCAUUGCCACUGUUUCUCACAGUUAAUGGGUUGUAAAGCAUAAGAAGGCUUACUCAGAACUUUCUUGUCGCUUUCCAGAUGUUUGCCUUUUACAUUACAGUAAACAUAACAAGUUUUCUGGGCUGUCAGGAACUUGUAGAACAAUAAAACCAGCAAACAGUUAAAAGUGCUGUCUUCAACAAAGUGCCUUGUAUAUUAAAUUCUGUAAGAAGCAAGUUGAUGUAAACGUUAAUUUACCUCAUAUGUUUACAAAAUUGUGACUAAAUAAACUUUUUGUACCACA